AUGAAUCUGCUAAAAACUGUAGCAAACGGUACCACUUGGAUCUGCGUAAAGGAGCGUACAUUAUGCGAAAGCAGUGCAUCAAUUGAUUUCUUCGGCUGUCUGUACUUCGCUUUGUCUCUCAUAUGGAUGGCAAUGGUUGUCUACAACUGCUACCUCAUAUGGUGCAUCUACUGUCGAAUCCUGGAAAUACCUCUUCCAAAGCCACGUGCAACAACUCCAUGCACAUCGACAGCGUCCACCAUCGAGCCUCUUCCAACAUUCAAUGCUAUGCCUCUUCCAGGAAUCCCGCCCACGCGCCCAGAUACCAUUCCUGCUCAUGCUGCUGAAAAGCCGAACAUUUGA